CCUUAACCGGGAGAGGAAAGCUCUUUUUCGGUCAGAUGGCGUGCCGCAAUCCGCCCACAGAUUUCUCGCGCCCACACAGCCAGCAAAAAGACUGUCAUUAACAAUACAGCAACUGCCAGCAAAGCCAGGCGAGCAGGCACUUGGACGCUGGAAAACAAGACUUUUUUCUCUGUCUACGUUAAAGUGGAUUUCUAUAAAUAGGAUAUGUUUAAGUCGCACAGUGUACGAUUUAGUAGGGACGGUUAACCUAUUUGUAGGGUGGACACAUUCGCUUUUCAUAAAAAGAAACAACGGAAAUGAAAUUUAAGGUUUUAUAUAAACAGCCUAUAUAGACAAGCCUAUUGUGACGCUUAGGAGUCGGGCACUUUUAAAGUGGGCUUUCUUAGUCCGCAAGAAACAGCCGAAUAACGCUAACAGAUCUACGAACGGAACUGCAACGGGGCACUAGCCUGUUGGAACCGCCUCAAAAUUCAAGCGUGUUUGCCUGUCCUGAAUUCGUUUUAGGAGUCCCACGGGGUAAGUAGAGUAACCACCAGUCUAUAGUUCAAACUUAAAAGGUUUAAGUCCAAGCCAGAAUGCAUUAUUUUAGCUCGACAUGAAGUCCUAAACUUCACCUACUGUUAUACCGUUUCGGCUUAUUAUGCACCGGAUUGUUAGCCUACCCUCUGAAUAACCCAAUCCUAACCCUCAAUUCUAGUUUUAACUAGCGACAACUACUGGUAAUAUAUUUCGACAGAUCACAAAUUCAGGUGUAAACCGCUAUUUAUUAGUCUACAUUUAAUAUUACACUGGAAAAAAAAACGUAGGCUAGUCUUAAUCUUUACAGGAAUCAUUCACUCGUACAAGAAUAUAAAUCAAAAUCAGAUAAGACAUGGCUUGUCUUGAAUUAGAGUGCCAGUGGUGAAUCACUAUUGGAAAUCUGUUUUGUCCAGAUUUAGGGUUAAUCUGCGUAUUGGAAAAUGACUCUCCAAUAUUUUCAUGCAUAAAAGUCUUAAAAGUGGCCAAUAAUGAUGAAUCAUAUUAAGCAUUAUAAUGUGACUCUUGAUGAAUCUUAUUCUUUUUACAUAAUGCCACUCCUCUCUGCUUCUUUGUCAGAUCAGGUUGUCAUUGGGAUGGCAUUUACUUGACUUUUUGUUUGUUUUUGCAAUUUGAUCUGUUACCGCUAUUUUUGCUACUGCUUAUGGUCUGUUCUCAUGGCCGGGACUGCCAUCCAGUCACAGCCUAGGAUGUCACUGCCACGGACGCUGGGCGAGUUGCAGCUGUACCGGGUUUUGCAGAGGGCCAACCUGCUGAUGUACUACGACACGUUCAUCCAGCAGGGCGGCGAUGAUGUGCAACAGUUGUGCGAGGCAGGCGAGGAAGAAUUCCUGGAGAUCAUGGCCCUGGUUGGCAUGGCAACGAAGCCCCUGCAUGUGCGUCGUUUGCAGAAGGCCCUGCGGGACUGGGCUGCCAACCCGGCUGUCUUUAGCCAGCCCCUGGCCACCAAUGUGGCACCUGGUGGCAUCCCGCUAUUUAAGAUAGACAGCAGUGCAGGAGGAACCACUUGCAUGGGAUCGAGAAAGUCUUUAAGCAAUGGCCAACCAGGGUCUCCUUGUGAUAGGGAAGAGCAGGGUGCUUGCCUCACACCGUUGCGAGACAACGGCAGUCCCAGAAGCCCUUGUUCUCAGGCCUCACCCAUUCCUCCAGAUCACCUGUACAGGGACAAACUGUCACCUAUGGAGCCUCACUGGCUCAGCCCAGACCCUGAUGGGGGCACUGCUGCUGACGAGGAGCAGCCUAGUCCUCCUCUACCACUCACGGUUCACUCCCGCCCCAUGGGGCCUUCGACGCCACCCACCUCUUCCUCGUCAUCUUCCUCCUCAACUGCCACAGCUUCCCCCUGGCCCGGUGGCCAGCUGGACACAGAGACGGUGAGGGCAGUGGGUGAGAGCGUGGAGCGGUUGCUCCGGACCAUGUCGCAGGCUGAUCCGGGCGAGGUCAAGACCCUGCUCCGGCUGAACAAGAAGAUGGCCAAAACAGUUGGGCACAUCUUCAACCUGGAACCACAUGAUAAGAGCAAAGAGGAAGAGAUCCGCAAGUACAGCCUGAUCUAUGGCCGUUUCGACUCCAAGAGGAGGGAGGGCAAACAGCUCACACAUCAUGAGAUGAUCAUCAAUGAAGCAGCUGCACAGUUCUGUAUCCGUGACAAUGCACUAUUGUUAAGACGAGUUGAACUGUUCUCACUGGCCCGGCAGGUUGCGAGAGAAUGUGCCUACACCUCCACGCUUAAACAGAGCAGGACCAACCCUGAGGAUUGUAUUGCUUCUACUGACAGUACUGCUUCAAAACGAAUCAAACUUGAGAUCACAGAUUCAGACAGCAUUAAUCCCGUUCGUGGAACUAAAGCCUCUGAUGCAAUAACCCACGGAAGCCUGAGGUCAGUAGCUGCAGACGAUGACAGCCUGUCAGGAGAAAGUCUCGACAGUUUAAGCCAAGAUGUAGGCCCACAGUUGCACCCUUCCUCAUCCCCCCGCCCCCUCACGGACACCAUUGGCCCUGUCAACUGGAGUCGCCAGCUCAUGCAACAAACGCUCAUGGAUGAGGGCCUGCGUUUGGCUAGAAUGGUGUCACGUGACCACGUGGGCAAAGUCAGCCUAGGGUCAGAGAAGAGACAGACUUCAGAGUUGGAGGGUAAAGUGCCAGAAAGAAGAGGCGUGAGCAUCUCCCACAGGAGCAGCAGUCCUGCAAGCACCAAAGAUGACCCAUAACGGGAAUCCAGCGGAAACUAGAAUUAGCCAUGGUGCUCAACUCAGGUCUCAGAUGAAUGGAACCCUCUGGAGGUUUUCACACCCACUUUCCCAAGAUUUGUUGUGACCAAAAGUGAUUGCAAACAGAACUGUAAGCCCUGCUACAUCCGACUGUGUGCAUUUCCUCAGCUAAUUAGAACGUCAGAGAACCUGUGUUAGACUGCUCUUAUAUUUAGAUUCAGUGAAUGGCUGAAGAUGUAUGGUGUAAAUCUUACUGCACAGAGGAAGAGGCCAAGAGAACAUGUGUAAAUACACUGCAUACUUUUGUUGCCCUCACACCGGUAACAACAACCAAUAACCAUAGAUUUGUUUUAGUCCCUUGAUUGGCACUUAAUGUAAAUGACAGAAAACAGUAAAUAACAGUACACGGUGCUAAUUUUGAGUGACUGUGUUGAAUUAGACUGUAAUAUGGUAAAAGUAGCCCACUUUUGCCUAGAUUCUAAGUACUGUUUAACGAAGUGGAAUUGUGGAUGUUAAAAAAAACAUGAUUUUAACACUAAUAUACUUAGCGUAUACAUCACUUCUUAUACAUAUAUGGGAUAAUGCAUAGGGCAUAUCAUUUUAUCUUUCAAAUUUAAUGGUAAAAGCCCAUUUAGAUUUAAAUACUUAUUUGUUCCUGAUUUGUUUAUCUGGCUAUGCGUUUUUAUGCAGUAGAUUGUACGACCUUACGCCCUCCCCCCAGCAUAACAGAAAUCAUUGUUAGCAUACUGUCAGCAGAUAAUUUAUUUUUUAUUAUUCUCAAUAAAUGGUAUUUUAUUGUUUCUUGA